AUGCUAUAUGCCGGUAGACCUAUACCAUUCGGCCGAUGCUUUGCGACUCGCGCGAAGCCACUGGACUUCACCGAGGACGUCAAGGACCAAGUGGAGUUCAAGGAGGCAACCAAAAUCAACGAUGCACCCACUCAGACUGGUAACAUCUUUCAUGCUCGCUGGGACAUACCAACUGCUCGAGCCAUCGCUCCUGAGCAUUUGAAGCCCAAGACUAUACGAGAUCACCUGGCUCACUCUGCGGUGUGGCUUUGUCGAACUGGUUACGACUUCUUCUCUGGUUACGACUUCUUCAAGCAUGAUUAUAAGAUGUAUGCACGCCGGCUCAUCGUACUCGAGACUAUUGCUGGCAUCCCUGGGUUUGGUAUCUCACGGUUGGUUCCUUAG